AUGGCCCGCCAAGCUGCUCCCGAGUCGGAGGCGGUCCUCGACUGCAUCAUCCCUGCUCACGAGAAAGACUUCGAGACCCUCGGUCAUUGCAUCCGAUCCUUGCGGCGCUGUUGCCCAGAGGUCCGGCGAAUCCUCGUGGUGAGCAAGCUUCCUUGGGACGAUGCCACUGUGGAGGACUCUGCCGUAGAGUGGGUCGACGAGGCCGAUCCCCGGUGGCCCUUCCGCCUGUGUGACAUCGCGGACUGCGGAUGUGCGCCCGGCUGGCUCUUCCAGCAGCUGCUCAAGCCUCACGGAGCGUGUCCUCGUUUGCGACGCUGA